AUGUUGUGUUAUCGUCGAGUUUCUCACUGGUGGAACACUGAAACAAUACUUGAUAAAAACAAGCGGAAGAAACUUGCGUAUAAGAUUGUGGUUCAGCUUGCUUUGGACCUCUCCAGAGGUCUUAGCUAUCUGCAUUCGAAGAAGAUUGUUCAUCGUGAUGUUAAGUCGGAGAAUAUGUUUCUAGAUGGUAACCGGAAUCUAAAGAUAGUUGAUUUUGGAGUUGCUCACGUUGAAGUUAUGAAUCCAAGUGACAUGACUGGUGAAACUAGAACCCUCGAAUAUAUGGCUCCCAAGGUUUUGGAUGGUAAACCUUACAAUAGGACAUGGGAUGUAUAUAGCUUUGGCAUUUUCUUGUGGGAAAUUUAUUGCUGUGGAAUUGAUGAAGGAGUUGUGAAUUUGAUUAAAGAUGGUGAUCGGAGGUAUUUAUGUUAUGGUAGUGAGCCACUCAACAAAUGA